ACAUCUUUUCCCCUCUGUGUGCAGUGUCUGUCAAGUGCACUGCUGCCUAUAGGUUGUGUUGUGGGCAGUUUCAAGGACGAGAACAGGCUCACAGUGCGCAAAAAGAGGUCCAUUUUAAGAGUGAUGGCGCAUCAAGAGCAUUUUCUAAAGUUUUGUUGUUGAUGUUUGGUUUGAAGAGAGGGGAUGGACGUCCACAUGGUUCUAGGGGGUCCAGAUAACAUUCUUUUGGCCAAUAAUCCUGACACGGGAAGUGCCUGUCUCAAGCAUCCCUGUGAGGACCAGGACAGAAGCUCCAGCCCAUCUGUACUCCGCUGUGUGACCACCACGUGGAAGGAGGGUCUGCUGAACAGGAAGAGGCCAUUUGUUGGAAGAUGUUGUCACUCAUGCACACCCCAGAGUCAGGAUAGGUUGUUCAAUCCCAGCAUCCCUUCACUAGGGCUUCGUAAUGUGAUUUACAUCAAUGAAACCCACACAAGACACAGGGGUUGGCUUGCACGCAGGCUGAGUUAUGUGCUGUUUGUCUUGGAGAGAGAUGUCCAGAAGGACAUGUUUGCACGCAAUGUGGUGGAGAACGUGCUUAACAACAGCAGGCUGGAAUGUGCUAUUGUGGAGGUUGCGAAUGAGGGUGUACAGGAAGAUGCAGAGCCUGGAGUUGAUCCCAAAGCUGUCAGUAAAGUUCGACGAAAGGCCAGAGGAUGGCUGCAGGAGAUGGUUGCCAACAUCUCACCGGCCUUAAUCAGAUUAACAGGAUGGGUGCUGUUAAAACUGUUCAAUGGAUUUUUCUGGAGCAUUCAGAUCCAUAAAGGUCAGCUGGAGAUGGUGAAGAAAGCAGCAUCCGAGUACAAUGCUCCCCUCGUCUUCCUUCCUGUUCACAAGUCCCACAUAGAUUACCUGCUCAUCACCUUCAUUCUUUUCUGCCACAACAUUAAAGCUCCACACAUCGCUGCUGGCAACAACCUUAACAUCCCCAUCUUAAGCACGCUAAUACGCAAACUCGGAGGAUUCUUCAUUCGUCGUAAAAUGGACGAGACCUCAGACGGAAAGAAAGAUGUGUUAUACAGAUCUCUGUUACAUGCAUACACGGAAGAAUUGUUGCGGCAGCAGCAGUUUCUGGAGGUGUAUUUAGAGGGCACGCGGUCUCGCAGCGGGAAACCAUCUCCAGCACGUGCGGGCAUGCUCUCCAUCGUGGUCGACACACUCUGUGCCAGCACCAUCCCUGAUGUUCUGAUCGUGCCCGUUGGCAUCUCUUAUGACCGGAUUAUUGAGGGGAACUACAACAGUGAGCAGCUGGGCAAACCUAAGAAGAAUGAGAGUCUGUGGGGUAUUGCCUGUGGUGUGUUUAGGAUGCUCCGCAAGAACUAUGGCUGUGUGCGUGUGGAUUUCACUCAGCCCUUCUCCCUAAAGGAAUACCUGGAUACUCAGCGCAGUCGACAUCUCCAGGCCUCUCUGACGCUGGAGCAGAUUCUUCUCCCCAUCAUCAUCGCUACACAACCUGAUCAGGCUGUUUUUAAUGGUGAAAAUGAGAAUCAUCUGAACUCUGACCUGUCAGACGAGCCCUGGAGGAGGCAGGUUAUUGCUGACCUGGCCAAGCACGUUCUCUUCAGCGCCAGUAAGUCUUCAGCAAUCAUGUCCACUCACAUCGUAGCCUGUCUUCUCCUGUAUCGGCACAGACAGGGUGUUCUGCUGUCCAAACUGGUGGAGGACUUCUUCAAUAUGAAGGAAGAGAUCUUGUCACGGGACUUCGACCUGGGUUUUUCUGGUAACUCAGAGGAUGUUGUCAUGCAUGCACUCAGCCUUCUGGGAAACUGUGUGAAUGUCACCAGCACCAACAAAAACACGGAGUUCAUCAUUUCUCCAAGCAACACAGUACCCGCGCUCUUUGAGCUCAAUUUCUACAGCAACGGCCUUUUCCAUGUCUUCAUCGCUGAUGCUAUCAUAGCCUGCAGUGCUCUGGCCCUGCUGAGAGAGCAGACGCCAGCUUCAGCAAGUGAGCAGAAUCCUUCAUCCACGCUGCUCAGCCAGGAAAGACUGAUCCGCAGAGCUGCAGGCCUCUCCCACUUUCUGUCCAAUGAGGUGGCAGUGGCGCUGCCCUGUCAGACUUUGUACCAGGUGUUCCAUGAUGCUAUUACGAGGUUAAUUGAGUAUGGUGUGCUCAUUGUAGCUGAGGAGGACCAGGAGGAGUUGAGUCCAUCUGAGGAGCCUUGGCCCAAGAAGUUUCCAGAGGCUCUUUCUUGGCGAAGUGAUGAAGAGGAUGAAGACAGUGACUUUGGAGAUGAACAAAGAGACCGUUACCUAAAGGUGAGCCCAUCAGCUGAGCACCAGGAAUUUUAUACCUUUCUGCAGAGGAUUCUCACCCCAGUGCUGGAGGCCUACAGUGGGGCAGCAAUUUUCAUACACAGCCUGACUUCACCCAUUUCUGAGAGAGACUACACACAUCAACUUUUCAAAUAUCUUUUGACACGCACAGAAAGAGGAGUUUCUAUGUAUGGAGAGAGUGCCACACACUACCUCGUAAAGAAUACAGUGAAAACAUUCAAGGAGCUUGGGGUGCUAAAAGAACGACGAGAAGAUGGUGUGUGUCGUCUGGAGCUGAGCAGCACCUUCAUACCUCAGGCCAACAAGAACAAACUCUUACAGUACAUACUGGGUUUUAGUUUGCUGUAAAACCUUAUACAGGCACGCGGCUCUACAGUCUACACACACACAAGGGCUUUUUACUGGCUAGUCAUGAAUGUUAAAGGUGCUAUUCUAAGGAAAGCUUUACCUGGAAGUGCCUUCACCAAACGCCUCAUACUAGACUUCAGUUAGUCUUCCUUUAACUGUAAAACCCACCACUUAUGCACUAUUCAGUACACAAGCAGUUUUGUUAGCUAUCAUUUACUAUAAGCUUCCAUUCAUAUAAUACUGUACCGUUUGCCAGUGAAAGCCCUUGGUUUUGAGCUAAAUCCCGGGGGACUUUUUUGUUUUGAAUGUAAUUUUAGUUUUUAACUCUGUACAUGAAUGUUACUCUUCAAUCUUCGCCUUCAUUUUUCUUUUGUAUAAACACGCAUCACUGGGAUGAAAGCUAGUGUAUAGAAAUCUUUAAACAACGGGCAUUUAAGUAUCUUUUCUUACCAGUAGUAGUGUCAGCGCAUGUUAAAGAAAGGAGUGUACAAUAUAUAUUUUGCGUGCGAUAUUUAAAAGGUUGAGACUGUACAGUUUUUUGUUUUUUUUUUGUUUUAUAAAGAUCUCACAAUUAUUGCUGAAAGGAAACUGUACCUCAAUCGUUUCCAAAUAUGAGCCACUGAUAUUUGAGUUGUGUAGAUUAGGUCAUGUAUUUUCACUUAGUCGUGUCACAUGGGUGCAACUGGAUGUCAAAGAAGGAUAGUUACAGCUAUAAUAUUAUGUAACACAUCAAAUACUAGCUACUUGUAAUGGUUUUAGCAGGCCUGGAGUAUCACGAGACAUUACUGGAAACGAAGGAGGUUGUCUUUGAUGUCGAGCACUUAUAUUUCCUCCUCAGUAAUUGGUAUGGAUAACACUUUAUAAUAACUACACACUAGGAAUCAACUAUUAAGCAUUAGCAAAUAGUGAAUUCAUUAUUUGUUAAGCAUUAACUCUACAUUAAUAGACAUUAGUAAGCAGUUUAUAACUGCAGAUACAAAUGCUGUAUUCUUGACUUAUAAGUACAUUUAAAAUGUCAUACUUUGUUACUAAUUAAUUUUUCAUGACUAAAUGAAGUAUUGCAUUAUUUUCAAAUCAUUUGUAUUUAAGAGUAGUUGUUUUUUAAGAUCAUUCAGAAUGUGUUAGUAAAGGGUUGAUAACCUAUUCAAAUCAACAAUUAUAUAUUAUUAUUAUUAUUACUAUUCAGGCAUUUACUAAUAGCUAAUUUACAUGUUAAUAAAUGCUUUAUUAACUCGACUUCAUCCAGUUUUGUGACCUAAUCUAAAGUGAGGACUAAUUUGUUUUAUAAAUGACUCUGUAUCAAAUGAACAAUUAAUGUUUGCAAUCGUAUCUAAAUAGUAAAAUUACUGCAGUCUAAACAGUUUAAACGUUGACGAAUAACAGAAGUAUCAAAAUAUAACAUAAAAUUGGAUAAAACUACAACAAUAUAAUAAUUUACCAAUGAUACAUCAUUUCAGUGUUAUUUAGCGAUGUUUAAUAAACCACACAGUGAUUUUAUUUUAGUUCAGAUUGCAAAUAUUUAUUUAUUUAUUUUUUAUUAGUUUCAUUUGUGCAUCUUCAAAUGAUUAGAAAUGAAUGAAGUUGCUUUUCUUUGUUUUUUGUUUAGAAUAGAACUGAGCCUUUAAUUGUCAUUUAUAAGGGAUUUAUAAAGCAUAAAUAGCCCUGGAUGAAGUUGAGUAAAUAAAGCAUUUACUAAAUUACAAAUAAACCAUUAAUAUGAGCCUGAAUGAUAAGCAAUAAAAAUGUUAAUUUGAAUAGUUUGUUAAUUAUUUACUUAGGCAUUCUGAAUAAUCUUUAAAAACCAGCCGCAUCACUCAGUUAACUGAAUUGUAAGUGAUGUGAUACCUAAUUUAUUAAUGAAAAAAUAAUAAUUAACAAAAUAUGAAAAUACAACCAUUAAGCACGUUACACAUUGUACAUGUGCUAACUUCUAUUAAUGUAGAGUUUAUGCAUAACAUAUAAUGAAUUCACUAUUUGCUAAUGCUUAACAAAUGAUUCAUAGUGUGUAGUUAUUUUAAAGUGUUACUUUGGUCUGUUUUAUUUUGGAGUUCAGAGCCUGAGCAGCGAGUCUUCUGUGCUGUGAGCGUGUGUGUGUGUGCAUGUGUGCAAUGUCUGUAGAAUGUGAAUUAAACUAUUUAUACCAUAAUUCUGUGUCAGCAUAAAAUUAGGUCAUGAGCACUUUACUCAUAAAGUGCAAUAUUUGUUUGUUUUAAAAUGAACAAAGUCCAAGUCCCGAAAUUACCACAUAUCACUGAUAUUAGUUGCCAUUUAGGUAACAAUCAGCAGAAAAGCUAGGUACUUUCAGCUGUUUGUCAUGCGUUUUUUCAUUACAGUAAAUGUAUGAUUUUUUUUUGUUUUUGCUGUUGGAGGAAAGCAUAUUGUUUAUCUCACCGUGGUUGAUGCUUGAUGCUUUUGAUUUUUGCUGCAUGCAUAUAGGCAUACUGUGUGUUCUUGUAAUUACAAAAAAGAAAGAAGCAUUAGUGUUUGUAAAUGCAAGAUUUCAGUGCUUAAUUUCACUCUCAUCGAGUUCAGAGCAUUAAAAAAAAUGUUCCCAGUAAUACAUUUGCCAUGGCACCCAAAAUAAUUACAGUAAAUUCAAACAUUAAACGAUAACCUGGCAACUGCUGUAUUUUAAUGCAUGAUUCUUCAUUUGAUUUUAAGCUGUGAAGAGCAUUGAGUGCAUCCUGUUUGUGUCAGAGUUAUUUUUUGAAUUAGACCUUUUUAAACCACAAUGACACGUGGGAACCAUAUGUGGGAAAAUGAUGCAACAUAAAAAACAGUGUAACAACAUUCAAUAUUUUCAUAAGCUGUGACAUGCACAGAUUUUAAACCAGGGGAGGACAAUUUGAAAAUGGAUUUUUAAAAGCUCAUUAUUUACCUUUUGUAUUUAAUGUUAACAAAGCUGCUAACAUUGUCUUCAGUGGGUUGUUGAAGCAUCUAUUCUAGUCUAUGUAAUAAUAUUUAAUAAUUACUUAAGAAAGAGUCUGAUCUAAUUAAAAUGGAGAAAUUCCAAAUUCUGUCAGAUUAAAAAGUCUAAAUCUAUUUAUAUUAAAUCUGCAUAGUAGCUUUAACUCUUUCGUUUAUUCCUUUUCUUUUUUGAUUAUGAAAAUUAAGAUAUUUUAAAGUUUUAACUUAAACGGAGAAGCAAUUAAUAAAACACAAUCAACAGCUUUAACAAGUUUUCUUUCAACUGGGGUUAAAAAUAUUUUGAAUUACAAUUUUUUAACUUCUUCAGAAAUACUGACAUCAAGAAUAAGAGUAUAAAUCUCAACAAUAGUGACAUGCUUUAUUCUGCAGAGUAGACUAGGAACAUCAUGCAAAACCAGCAUGCACUGCUGCAAGAAUUGUCACCAUUGUUGAGAUUCAUAUGCUGAUUUCUUAACUGUGUUUAGACACACUUUAUAUGUAUUCAAAUAUCAUAGACUGGGCCAGAGAGCUUCUUCUGACUUAUUUAUUUAUUUAUUUUUUAAUUUUUUAUGCUAUUUUUAUAUAAAAUCUGCAGGUUUAUGCAGAAUGAUUUUGAGAAUAUAGUUACUAAAAAUCAACAAAUUAAUUAAAACAAAACUUUUUAACUUUAGUUUAAGGUUUCGAUGCAAAUCCAAUUUAAUCCACUUGUUUGAUAUAAUAUAUCUACUAAAGACAAAACAUUGUAGUUUCCAAACUUAAUUGUACAAUAACCCUAUAUGAAUGUGCAUAUUAUUGAAUAUUAUUAAUGAAAUUAUUAUAAAAACUCAACAUGUAUAUUUCCAUAAUUAAAUCUAUUGAAUGGUGGAUUAAAAAUAUCUGCAGAUUUCGUGUGGACCUAAUUAAAGAUGUUAUGAACUCUGCAUGUCAAGCUAAAAUCUACAGACCUAAAUUCUAAAUUUAGUGAAUUACUGGAAUUUGUUUCUUGUAAAUGUAAUGUGUUAUAUAUAGUGUGCAAGACAAAGCCUUGUGUUGUGCAUUAAACUUACUGAAUCUCAAAGGACCUUUUAAAAUGAGGGAUAUCGAGGGACGGUUUUUACUCUCAAGAUUUUUUGUACAGGUGUAUUUUGUAACUAAAUUGACACACUGUUUUUUUUCCAUAGCUUUCACUCUUGGAAUGGAUUGGGGCAUGUAGGGAUAUGCAUUUCCAACGCCAUCUCUAAUCUAAUUAAUCUAAUUCGUACAAUUUAGUACAAUUUGCUCAUCACCCAAUGACGGUUGGGGUUAGGUGCCACGCCUCUUUUUUAAGAUUGUACAUUUUCGUUUGACUGAACUCAAAUUUGUACGAAUUAGCCCCUAAAAUGGCAAAACGUAAAAUACUUAUGUUUCCUCAAGGGAUCAGGCUGGCAUUUUUCAUCACGGUACAACAAUUGUAAAUAGGACAAUAGUAUAUUUCGGUCAUUUUAAUGGCUUUUUGAGUCAAUCAAUAAAUGUUACAAAUCACUGCUGAGAUUAUUUACCACCUUCACACUUUAAAGGUUAAUAGUUCCCCUAAAACUGAAAAUUGUGUCAUCAUUUACUCACCCUUCACUUGUUCCAAACAAUUUCAAUGGUUACAGGUUUUCAACUUUUUUUCAAAAUAUCUUCUUUUGUGUUCAACAGAAUAAAGGAAAUAGUGAGUACAUUUAUAUUUUUGGGCGAACUAUUCUAUUAAGUCUAACAUACUUUAUUGUUGCACUUUAUUAAUGCACUUCUUUAUUCUAAAAGCGGUCCAAAAAUGCUAGUUUUUUUUUUUUUUUUUGCAAAUAACUAGGUGAUUUCGGGAUUCUAUGCAUACUAUUUAGCAUAACACACCAAUAUUCGUAUCUUAUACACAAAAAUUCUAUACAGCCAGAGUGGAGGGAGGCAGAAAAUAGAUACAGUAUGUAUGAUUGUAUGUGUUCUGUGUGUAUUCGAAAUUUACAAGAACAUAAACGGCCACGUUUCUUCCUCUAGAACAACAGCAAUAAGACAUUUUCCAUUUAGCUAUUUACUCUCAAACCAUGUAAAGAUUGUUUAUAAUGAUUCUGAUGUGUGCUAUGAGCAAUAUAGAUUUGAAGUGCUGCUUUAAAUCUCUCCCAGAAAGCAAACAUUAAGCCACUCGCAUUUAAUGUUUUCAUGUCUUUGUUUUCCUUAUAAUCAUGUUUAUGUUUUUUUUUAAUUGAUUUUUGGACAUAGUUUACAAUGAGAUUUCACAGUUUAUCUUGUGGGAAGGAUAAGUUUACCAAAUCAAACAUGUUCAUUAUCUGGCGUUUGGUUUACUACUUAUCGCAGCGCUGUAAAUCUGCAGAGAGGAAGCCAUUGUGCUUUAGUGCUUGUAGAAUUUUGCAUGUUCUCUGAGUGAUUUAGUGGGAGGUUUGUGAUGAUGAAAAGCUAACAAGGAUUAAGUUAUAGAAAUGUAAAAAUAUUUUAAAAAUAAAGAAAACUUGCACACAUGCUUAGAAA